CUUGCAGAAAUCAAUAUGCAGAGAAAGGGUACGUUAUGUACUCCGAUAUUUUUGUGGUUUCUUCUGCUCUGGAUGCUUGUUGGGAAGUCAUACGCUGAAGAAGACAUCAUAGUUACCACUAAGAAUGGAAAAGUCAGAGGGAUGAACUUGCCAGUUCUUGGUGGCACAGUAACAGCCUUUCUUGGAAUUCCCUCACAGCCUCCUCUUGGUAGACUUCGAUUCAAAAAGCCACAGUCCAUGACCAAGUGGCCUGAUAUCUGGAAUGCCACCAAAUAUGCUAAUUCUUGCUAUCAGAACACAGAUCAAAGUUUCCCAGGCUUCGUUGGAUCAGAAAUGAACCCAAACACUGAGCUCAGUGAAGACUGCUUAUAUCUGAACGUGUGGAUUCCAGCACCUAACCCAAAAAAUGCUACUGUAAUGAUAUGGAUCUAUGGUGGUGGUUUUCAGACUGGGACAUCAUCUUUGCAUGUUUAUGAUGGCAAGUUUCUGUCACGGGUUGAAAGAGAUGUGGUUUCAAUGAACUAUAGGGUAGGUGCCCUAGGAUUUUAGCUUACCAGGAAAUCCUGAGCCCCAGGGAACAUGGGCUUAUUUGAUCCGUUGGCCCUUCAGUGGGUCAAAAAAUAUGGCAGCCUUUGUGGUAAUCCUAGUGUAACUCUUUUUGGAGAAAGUGCAGGAGCAGUUUCAGUGGUCUUCAUUACUUUCUUAGAAGCACCAUUGGUUGCCAGAGCCAUUCUGCAAAGGAUCCUAAAUGCUCCCUGGGCAGAACAUCUCUUAUGAGGCUAGGAAGACAUUGACCUAGCUAAAUUAUGUUGCUCUAGAGAAAAUGAGACGAGAUAAUCAAAUUCUUCGAAAAAAAGAUCCCAGGAAAUUCUUCAGAAUGAAGUAUUGUUGUCCCAACCAUAUCUCUGCAGUAAACUUGGUCAACUUGGAUGUGAUUUCACUGACCACAGACACACUAUCCAACUUGGACAGUCAAAAAAACCCAGACUUGUGGGGGUUAAUAAAGAGAAGGAACGGCAUUUUUAUAUUGCUCCUGGCUUCAGCAAGAUAAACAGUAUAAACUAGAAAGAAUUUGAAGAGUUUGAAAUAUUUUUUCCAGGAGUGAGUGAAUUUGGAAAGGAAUCGAUCCUUUCCACACAUGACUGGACAGAUGUCAGAGGGCUGAAAUUACGUGAUGCUUUGGAUAUGUUGUUGGUUAUGAUAUCUAUGCCCGCCUUGGAGUUAUAAAAAUUCUCAGAAAUGGGAAAUAAUGUUUUCUACUAUUUUGAACACCGAUCCUCCAAACUCCCUUGGCCAGAAUGGAUGGGAGUGAUGCAUGGUUAUGAGAUUGAAUUUGUCUUCGGUUUACCUCUGGAAAGAAGAGCUAAUUACACAAAAGCUGAGGAAAUUUUGAGUAGAUCCAUUAGAAAGCUGGCAAACUUUGCAAAAUAUGGAAAUCCAAAUGGGACCCAGAACAAUAGUACAAGAUGGCCGGUCUUCAAAAGCAAUGAACAAAAAUAUUUAACCUUGAAUGCUGAGUCACCACGAGUAUACACUAAACUACGUGCCCAGCAAUGCCGAUUCUGGACAUUAUUUUUUCCUAAAGUCUUGGAAAUGACAGGAAAUAUUGAUGAAGCAGAACGAGAAUGGAAAGCAGGAUUCCAUCGCUGGAACAAUUACAUGAUGGAUUGGAAAAAUCAAUUUAACGAUUACACUAGCAAGAAAGAAAGCUGCGCAGAUCUCUAAUUAAUAGAUUUACCCUUUAUAGAACUUCAUUUUCCUGUAGAUCAAGGCAAAAAUAUCAGUGGCUCUCUUACACACCUGGUAGGAAAGCUAUUAUAUAGUUGAAACAAAAAUGCCAGAAGGAUAAUAUUGAUUCCUCACAUCUUUCACUAUUAUACCUAGCAUUUCAAAAACCAAACGGCUAGAACAAGUUUAAUUAAAUUUCACAUUAUAAAGUUUGACAAUUAAUUAUAUGCAUAUUAAAACAAUUUGCAGUUUCAAACUCUUUCUUGAAUAACUUUAAGAAUUUUUUUCCCUAAAAAGAAUCUGUGUUCUGUUUUUCAAUCUCAAGUUUAUUUUCAUUACUGCUCAUAAAAGGUAUCUUUUUAAAAUGAAAUGGGUAAGGUCUUGAAACAUUAGAUGCUAUAAUUUACAAUACUGUUUCCUUUAAUUUAUACAUUUAAUGUCAAUAUGAUGAAAUUAUCACAGAAAAUAAUUGGCCCCCUUUUUUAUAUGAAGGUAGGACUGUUUAAGAGGAUUUUAAAAUAAGAGGCUCAGUAUUUGGAAACAUCUUAUGAUAGAAACAAAAUGUUAUUACCAAGAGAUAAAAUGUGAAAGAAUAUAAUUGUUUUGUAUUUUUUAAAAUAUGUAUGCUUGGAGCCUCAAACUAUAUUCCUCAUUGUUUCAUCUCUUUUCUUCCUCACCUCCCCACUCCCCACUCUUCCAAACAUAUCCAUAUGUAAACUAUUCUUCCUGUAACUUAAAAACAAAGAAAUGUGGAUGAGCAAGAGUCUAAACUGAACAAUCGCAGAAGUCAUGUACCAUUGGGAAUAAGGGAGCCUUUGACUGGACCCAGAAAUAAUAGGAUUUUAAUAGAUAAAAUUUUCAAUUUCAAGAAAGAAAUGGUUUUACUUUUCUGUAGACAAACAUUAUUUUAAUAACUUUAAAAAUUAUUAAGUUGCAUUUAGUAACUUGCAUAGCAAGGGAACACAUCAAGUGAAUAAAUUCACUAAGUCUUUCACCAAAGGGGAGAAAUUGGGGAAUUUUUAAGUUCCAGGAAGGGGCAGUACUUCUCGAUUAUGCUAAUUAAUCAUGGAAAAUUAAUACACAGGAUAGGAUGAAGUGAAUCUAUAGACUAUUGUUUAAAGCAAGUCUUAUUAUUCAUUGGUCAUAGAUGUGUCUAUAGCUAGGUCCAGUUAGGGCCUGCCAUCCUCACUCAAAUUGUUGCUCAAAGAUCAUGGCAUUUUAUCAACUUUAGCUGAUUAUAGAGUUGUUAUACAAGCCAAAUUAGUUCUGAUAUCAUUUCAGUGCUUCUGUAAAUGGACAUUUUGCUUUAUAGUUCUUCCCUCAUCCUGAGAUGAAUAAAAAAUAUCACACAAAUGAUAGUGAAAUAUAUGGCUUUCCAUUCUACACCACCAUCUUGGUUUUAGGUGCCAUUUUCCUAGGAUCUGUUUCAUUUCUCUGAAUCACUAAAGCCUCCUUUUGAUGUAGAGCCCCCUUACUUAUGAAAUAACUGGAUGAUGCCCAUUCAACAGCAUUAAAGACCUUUUUUUUUUUUGGUUUCUAGUGUUGCACCCAUAGCAUUAGGAAGUUCCCAAGCUAGGGGUUGAAUCAGCUCUACAGCUGCUGGCCUAUGCCACCACCACAGCAACUCAGCAUCCAAGCUGCAUCUGCUACCUAUACCACAGCUCAUGGCAAUGCAGGAUCCUUGACCCACCGAGCAGGGCCAGGGAUCGAAACAUCCUCAGGGAUUUUAGUCGGGUUCAUUUCUGUGGCGCUGAAGCAAGAACUCCCAAAGUGUAUUUUUUAUAUAUAUAUAUAUAUAUAUAUAUAUAUAUCCUUUAAUAAAGACCCUUUAAAAAUUGAUGAGAGCAAUAAUUAGGAAAACAUACUAAUGUGUGUAGAAUACCUGUAACCUUCCUCAUAUAACAUAUGAAAAUAUCCCAUGGACUACUUUGUCCUUCCUUGGAUAACAAAUUGACUUUGUUCUUGAAUUUUACCUAGAACGCCUCUUGACUUACUCUGAAGCUUUUAUCCAUGAGUUUAGUUUGCCUUGCCCUGUCUUAUCCCUGGUCUGAAAUUUCAUCAUUAGAGUUACCAGUUGAUGAGAUAAUAAGGCAAUAGGAGGGGCAGCGAUUUUAGAAAUGAAUGCUAAUACACAUAUCCAUGUACACACAAUACAAAAACUCAUUUAUCUCACCAAAAGGAUGUUUAUUCUCCAGACACUGCCAAUUUUCUUAGCCCAGUUUGGUCUUUUAUGAUGAGAUUACUCUCUGGAUUCCCAGCUAGGAACUGCUUGCACAAUGCCAUUACAUUACGUAGUUGCUUGUUGACUGAGUGAAUGAAUGAGAGGAUGAGAUACAGACAAGUUCAGUUCCACUGUGGAGCAGGAAAAAUGGUUUGUGAAUCCUUAAGGAGCCAGAAAAAGCAUGAAAAAAAAAAAAAAGGUAGAAGUAAAGAGGUGAAGGUAUGGAGGAGAAAGACCCCACUGCUCCUACCUGGUACUGAAUUUACCCAAAUGGGAUAUCCUAGGAGAGUUUCUGGGCAGAAGAGGAUUGAAUAGGGAAUCUCAGGUACAUGUAGUAGAUAAUUUCACAUUGAUAUUUGGGUAUUUAACUCAGUGAUUUUUAACUUUUAACCUUGGCUACACAUUAGAAUCUCUGGGAAUAGAACCUAGACAUCGGUAUUUUUAAGUUUCCCAGAUUAUUCUGAUUUGAAUAAGUUGAGAUACACUGAGUCAUUUUUCUAUGAUAGACUGUUUUUGCAGUUUAAAGACAAUGUUAUCCCUAGAGAAGAAACUGUAGGUUCUAGAUCAAUAGUUCGCAAACUUUGUUACAUAUUAGAAUUACCUGGAAAGUUAUUAACAAUCCCAACAUUCUUGCCACACCCCAUACCAACUAAAUGUGAAGGUGGGAGCCAGGCAUGGGUAUUUCUAAAGGAUCACCCUUUGUUCUAAUAUACAGCAAAGUUUGGGAGCCAAUGACCCUAGACGGUUAAUUUAAAGAACUGGGGAUAUUUAUAUUGCUUUAGUACUCACAAGCAGUUAACUAUAAAACUUGCAAUUUUACAUAAGAAAGAAAUGUACUCAUUAUUGAUAUCUGAAGACCUGUUUUUCUCUGAACAAGGACCUAUAACAGAGAUUAUUGGAUAUAUAGGAUAUAUUUGGCAUGCACACUUUUUUUCUAAGACCUCCACACCAGAAAGUUAUUUUUUCAGGAUGCCAUUUUUACCAUAAAUAUAAGCUUUGGUGAAAGGUAUGUUUGAAAAAUAAGGAAGAGUACAUGAAAUGCAUAUAAUAUUUUAGAGUGGUUUAUAAAUUGCAGUUAUUACAAAGAUCAUCAUUUAGUUUGCACUAGCCCAGAAUUUGCUCACUUGACAAUAAUUCAUAAUAGUAAUUUGGAUUUGAGAUAAGGAAUCAAAAAUUUAAUUCCCCCUUUCUAGUGCACUUUUCAUGUAAAAAGUAUCAACUAUCAUCUGACUUCUCAGAAAUAUGGACAAAUAAUCCUUCUUGCCAUGCUCAUAAAGAGUUAUUGUUAAGAUUAAUUACUUAAUGAUUAUUAAACUAGGUAGGUGAGUAUUAAGAGUUAUUUUUCUCCUCAGAAGAAUUAGCAGACAUAUUUUGCUUGAGGCAAUUACUGUAUUAUCUUGUUUUUCUGAAGUGAGACCUUCCAUUUUGUUUUAAUUGUUUUUUAUUUCCUUCAAUAAUUCAGGGAGGAGAAGGGGGAGACUUAUCAAAGAAGUCUCUGGAGAAUAAACUCUAAAAAUGUAAUUAAUAAUGUUAAGCAUUCUAAAAUCCUUGAAUUGAAUAUACCAAAGAGAAAGAUCUGUCACCUAUCUUUCUAUCAUCUACUAAUUGAUCGAUCAAUCAUUUGUCUAUUUUUCCUAUCUAUCUAGGAUAGCCACUCCCAAUUUUAGCCAAAGGGAGGUAUAAAAACCAGAGGAGUGUUACUAAUAUAGCUAAUACAACACCAAAUAUAAAAUCAAAGUCAUUGCUUUGACCAAGAUAACCUUGUUGUUCUCAGCUUCACUAAGCUUUAGACAGAUUUUUUUUCUUGGCUAUGGGUCUCUGACCUCCAGUUUCUUAGAGAAUUUACUUCAGAAAUCUUGCAAUUGUAAAUUCUUUCUCUCCCCCUUUGAAAUGUAUAUAAACUUUGAGGUCUUUUGUUAGUUUUACUACCCAGGAGAUGCCUUUCUCAAGGACCUGGGAACUAUCACUUUGAAAUUAAACAUUAAAAGAGAUAGGGCCUCUAUCUUUCAGUCUCUGUGGGAAGGUAGGAGCCUAACUUCUUUGAAAGCAGAUUACCAAACACAGAUGGCCUAAUCCCAGAAGAAAACAUUGCAAACUCAAGAAUAACUAUGUGCUCAACACAUCCCACGAGUCAACCCUCUUCAUUGGCCUCCAGUACUUUUCCACAAGCUCCCCUCAGCACUUCAAAUCCCUCACGUCUUUUGUUUAGGGGAAUUGAUUUCAGUUUCUCUUCUCUAAUACAAUAGCCUUGAAUAAAGUCUAUCAUGACUGUUGAACUUUGUUCAGUGCAAUAUUUACUUUCAGAGCCUAAACUAAAAUCUAACACUUCUUAAAAUGGCUAGGACAUACUCACAUUUCUAUCAGUAUUCUACUACAAUAUCAGGAAAACACAAGUAUUUCCUUGUCACAAAUAUCCUCCAGAAAGAGUGAUUCCUUAAUGAAGAGGGCUGGAGAACUUGAACUUAUGAGGUGUUGACUACCUAUUUUUUAGUAAUGUUUUCUAAAAUCUUUUAAAAUUUAGGCAGAUAAUAAUUUGCAUUCCUGUGUUAAUCUCAAGUUUUUUUACACUUUUUAUUUUUAGCAUUUUUUUUUUCUUUUUGUCUUUUUGUCUUUUCUAGGGCCACAUCCAUGGCAUUUGGAGGUUCCCAGGCUAGAGGUUUAAUCGGAGCUGGAGCUGUCAGCCUAGGCCAGAGCCACAGCAAUGCGGGAUCCGAGCCUGCGUCUGCGACCCACACCACAGCUCAUGGCAAUGCCAGAUCCUUAACCCAUUGAGCAAGGCCAGGGAUCAAACCCACAACCUCAUGGUUCCCAGUUGAAUUCGUUAACCACUGAGCCACGACGGGAACUCCCCUUUAGCAUUUCUUAAGAGUAUUUUUUUUUCUUCCUUUCCACAUCAAAUUUAAGUUCUCAUGGGCAUACUGUUUUCCUGACAGAGUGGUUGUGAACAAAUAGAUUUCUCUUAUUUUGCAUAUAGGAUUUCUUUUUUCUUGCUCUUUCCUUUUCCAUUUUCUUUUUCAUGAAUGCAAAGGAAUAGCCACAGAUUCUUGUGCUAUGAUUUAGGAGUCACUGAUGAUAUAAAGGAUUGCAUAUAUGUGUUUAAUGCAAAUUUUCAUUAUACCGUUAGGCCCUUAGGAACAAAACAUAGCAUUUUCCCAGAAAAAAAAGUGUAUCGUGAAGCUAACUUGAACUUGAGGAAUCCUACUUGCAAGGACCCCUUCAAAGACAUUAUGUAAUUUUAUAUUAUUCUUCUUGAGGACGGUUUCCAGAAAAAUAGGAGUUUCAGGAGGAACAAAACUUGGUUUAGUUGUUGUUUUUCCCCACAUCAAUGGAAAUAAGUCUUUAGUCUAUAGCCCCAGGGACAAAAGCAUUUUUAGUCCAAGAGUACUCUUCCUCCCUCACUGACUUUAAAGACAUUCCUCUGGUUUUCUUUAGCUGAAAUGUGCUAUCAUUGUUUUACAACAUUGUAAUAUGCUAAUUUUGAAGUUACUAUCUUUGUGUAAGGUAAUAAGUGAGUGAAAAACUCAAAUGCUAACAUCUGCUGUGGCAUUUCAGUUAUAAACCAAAUGUGUGUAUAAUAUUCUCUUUGGUAAGUGAAUUAACAUUUUCACAUAACCAUGAAAGAUAAAAUUUUAAUAAUCUCCCUUGGAGUUGUCUCUUUGAAGUCAUGUGCAAAAUAUUAAGUGAGAAUUCUAACAGAACACUCUUCCUCUUUCUUUCAAGAUUUUUGAAGUUUUCAAAGACAGAGUGUGAAUACCUUGUCGUCCCUCUCAGCUCACCUGGUGUUAUAGCCUUUUAGAGAGGCAGCAAUUUCCUUAGAGUAGAUCGAAGGCUACAAAGGAAUGCCUCUAAUUCCAGAGAACCUAAGGUUCUUGGUCAUUUGUUGGUACUGCUAAAUGGAAUACUACUUUUUCUCAGAUAUUUUUCAAUGCCUGGAAAACAUUCUAACUUUUUCUUUCAAUUAUCUUUUCAACCUCUUUAUGGUGGGUCACUCUCUCUUGGAAGAACAAAAAUUCCCACUAUUGUAUGCUAAUGUCUUAAUGAAAAGUAUUUGAUUUCUCACAUUACAUUAUCACUCCAACAUGUUGAUUUUAGUAAAAUGAAUCUGGCUUGGAUCUCAUCUAAAAAUGUUAAUAAUGGAAUGUUUGGGGACAUCAUCCCAUUUAAGGUCAGGCAGAAGGAACAAAGGAGGGGCCCUUGGGAAGAUCUCCUAACUUACAGCAUUCAGGGGGCAAGCAGGAGGUCUAAGCUGCUGGAGGCAAUAGCAAAAGUGAUAGGAGAUGAGGCCAGGAAA